AUGAAAUCUGUUGGUUUGAUUCCUCGAAAGUUCCACAAUGAAUCAAUCAAAGAUGUGAACAUCAAAAAAGUUGAAGGUCUUGAGUUAAAACCUCUUUUGCAAAUCGCCAUAGACAACAAAACUAAACUGCAAGAACAACAAAUAAAAAUCGAUCAAAAUGAAUCAAAGUUCAUAACAUUCCAAAACUGCAGCAACAAUACUGACAUCUUUAAAGUUGUUGAGUCUGUAAACCAAAGUAAAGACAUACUUUUACUUAAAUUUCAAACGACAGACGAUUUCGUCGACCUAAGUUCAACAGAUCUUCAUAAAUUAAACAAAGUAUGUAGCCACAAAUCAGCUGUGAUCAUUUUUGAAUCUAAAACUGAUGAAAACUUUUCAAUUUACUGGAAAUCAAAUGAAAUUGAAGAAUUUUUAAUAUUGAAAAUCAAUGAAAAAUUGGAUAUAAAAAUGGAUAGAAUGCUUCAUGAAUUUAUUACUGACUUCCUUGUCAAAUCUAUUGAGAUUAAUCAUUUAGGUCUCAUCAGCAAACUGUCAUUUCAACAUGGAAUGAAGCCCGUCAGUCUUGAUCUACUAGCUGAUUCUCGUGACUUUAACUUGCUUUUACUUGCAGCUGAGAAUGGAAAUUCAGAAAUUGUUGAAAUCUUACUACAACAAGGAAUGAACACAAAUUCAUUGGACAACAAAAUCGAUGCUCAAACUUUAGCUUAUCAAAAUCAACAUUUUGAUGUUCUUUGUCAAUUAUUACAAGCUAAUCUCAAGUUUCCAGCUUCUUUUGAUACAACUUUGUGUACAGGCAAGUGCAAGGAAUUUUGUGAAGUAACGGAAGAAGUCCACAAGUUGAUCAAAGCUGAUGACAACGAGAAACUCAAAGUAAUUUUGAAUCAGCACAAAAAUCUCAAACAUUUCUACAAUUUUUCAAAUGAAUCAGCUUUAAAAGUGGCAAUUCUUAAUGAAUCAUACAAAACUUACAAGGAACUAACCAAACGGAAGUUUCGAUAUGCAUCACAUGAAGAUCCAGCUGAAUAUCUGCAAGACUUAAAUGAAAAGAAUAAGAAAAUCGUUCGAGAGAUUCACAAUAAAUUUUCCGAGAACAUCGUUGAGAAGCAUAUCAACACUCUUAUUGGUAAUUCCUUUAUUUAUCAUGAUGAAGUCGAUGGACAAGACAAGCAAGACAUCAUCAGUCGGGCUUACAAAACAUUAGAUUCCAUUCCACUUGUCAGAAUAAUUCUCAAGAUUGUUGCUGCAUCAAAAAAUUUCAAAAUCAUUUUUGACUUCAAUCGUGAGUCAGUGAAUGUUGCAGAUCCAACAGUUGAUUCUUAUACUCAAGGUUUGUUCUAUGUAUCAGGUAGAAUCUAUGUUGGCGCUAUGCAAUUGCUCAAUACUUUAACGGAACAUGAAGCUUUAGCGAAUCUAGCACAUGAGCUUUGCCACUACACAAUGAAUUUGGUCUACAAUAACGGAGCUAAUCCAUACGAAGUUGACGAUUUGACAACUGAAAAUGAAUUGCGAGAAAUUUCAGAAAUUUGUGAGAAAAGUGCCGAAAAAGAGGAAAUCAUUGACAUGGUUUAUGAAGCAUAUCCAGAAGAAGUUCAUCAUGCUGAGCUCAUUGUUCGUCCUGUCCACAUGCUGGUUUACUUUCAAAAUUCUCCUGAAAUAGUAGAACAAAAGAAGGAAGCUUUCAGCAGAUUAUUCGAAUUCUAUGAAAGAAAGACUUAUCCUGACAUGAAGAAGGCACUUCCAGAGAUUGAAAGAAGAGACCAAAUAGUGCUGGAACUGAAAGAUCAAAAAAUUUCUAAAUUAAAAAAAGUUUCAAUAAUUGGUGGGGUUAUGACUAUCCUUGGAGUCAUUGCUGCUAUUGUCAUUGGAAUAAUAUUUUAUACGCCAAUUUAUAGCUUUGAUGAACUUACUUCUGAAGAACAGACAGUUGUGUCUAAUUCUUCUGUAAUUUAUAAAAAUGUUCAAAUUCAGUUAAAUGAUUUAUUUCCUACAAAUUCAACUGCUUACUCGAUGCUGACGUCUGAUCACAUCACUCAAAUGCUGCAAGGUGAAAUUCUGAACUUUACUGACCCGUACGUCCAUUAUUUAGAUGAGCUGGUGACACAUUCAUGGACAAACUUGACAGAACCUUUAAAGGCAACAUUUCUAUCCUCAAACUUCACAUUUCAGGACGAAAGCUUGAAAUUUAAAAUUUUACAUGAGUCAAAUCCAACAACCUUUGAAUCCCUAACUUCCCAGCAGAUAAUAGACGUUCUCGAUAACAAAACUAUGAUCAUAUCCAACAUGAUUAAAAAUGAGACAAACUUUAUCGCGAGUAGAAAAAUAUUUGAUGAAAAUAUUUAUGAGAUUUAUUAUGGAUUUAUGCAUUUAAUUCAUGGAGAUCUUUCAGCAUGUAGAUGCCAAUGCUACAACAACACUAAAAAUACUGAAACUUUUGAAAAUUUCUACAAAGAAUUUCGAAACAAAGACUUAAACACGCAAUUGAAAAAGAUAAAUGAAAUCAGGAAGAUAGAAGGCUUCAGCGUUUGUGCUCUACAGGAUUAUAAGAUCUAUGACUAUCCUCAUGAAGAAAUCGAUAAUGUGUUUACACAUGAAUCCUUACAAUUUAACUUUAAUGAUGUUCUUAAGAUUGCAAAUGAGACGAAAAUGUUCAUUUUAUCAGCAGAAGCAGGAACUGGAAAGACAGUCACAUUCGAGCAAUUUACGAUGAGAAUCAAGAAGAAGCUUCCAACUCGUUGGGUUUCUUACAUUGACUUGAAGGAUCAUAAAGAUUUGUACAAGGCUGUUGAGACUUUUGAUGAUGUGAAGGAGAUGCUUGGGAAGAUUUUUGGACUUGCUGAUCAGAAUAAAUUUGAGAAAGAAGUUUUUGAGGAACUAUUCAAGUCUGGUGAUGCAAUUUUGUUGUGGAAUGGAUUUGAUGAAAUUUCACCGGAGUUUAGUGACUCAGUUCUGAAGAUAUUAAGCAUAAUAAGGAACAACACCAAAAAUAUUCAGUUUAUAUGCACAAGGCCACUUUAUACAGAACAACUGAGAGACAAAUUCAUGACCAAAACCUACACUUUGAUUCCAUUUACUGCAGAAGAGCAAGAAAACUUUAUAAAAAAAUUCCUGAUUGCUAAUAAAAUUGACAAGUCAAUGAUCCCAAACUACAUCCAAAAAGUUCAGAAAAUUGUAGAUUCCACUCAAUCCAAAGAAGGCUUUGACACGCCAUUGUUGCUUGGAAUGAUAUCGGAACUAGUCUCAAGUGACGUUGAAAUUUAUGAGACAGAAAACUUGUAUGAACUUUACAGGAAGUUCGUUGAGAAGAAGGUUCAAAUUUGGCAAGAAAACAGUGCAUUUGCUAAGAAGUUUCUUAAUACGCUAGUGACUAGUGGAUUCAGCAUUAAGAAUCUGUAUUUAAAGUAUGCAAUGAAGAGUGAACUCCAGUCUGGCGAUUAUUCCUAUAAGUUUGCAUACUUUAGUGCCUUAAAAUUAAAAAUCAUGCGUCAAAAAGUUCCGAAAGGAUUGACAAACGAUGAAGUUUCAAGGAUGGGAAUUUUGUUCAUUAAUGGACCAAAAACCUUUAAGUUUGCUCACAGAACCUUCGCAGAAUUCUUCGUAGCUCAAUACUUAGUUGAGAACAUUUACUACGCAGACGAUGAACCAACAGACGAAGAAGCAGAACGAAGAAUUCGAGUGCUGUACCAAACUUUCUCAUAUCCAUAUUUCAGAAUCAGAGGAUUCAUCGAAUCAUUCCUUAAAACACAAUCAGCAAAUGAGACACAAGUCUUUGAUGCUAAAAUCUCAAAUGUAUUAAGAACAAAGUUUCAAAGGAUUUACUUCAACAGCAUGCAGGACUUUAAUGAGAUCAAUUUGCUAGAAUUUUUCGCUAAAGACAACAAUGUUUUCACAGAACUGCUUCAAAUUAAUGCUGACGAAACUCUUUACACUGCAAGCUUUAAUUAUCUUUACUAUCUGAACUCAAAAACGAGGAUUGUCAACCAUGAAGGCAUAGCAGCAAUCAGCAAGCAAUACUUAAAUGACAGUCAAUACGAAACGUUCAUCAGUGGCAAGAAUCAGAAAGGAAUAAUUCAAUGGAGUUCUUAUUGGAUGAGCAGGAAAAUCUUACAGUCAAGAACUUACGGAACUUACUUCCAUAAAAAUUACACACUGGAUGAUGAAUUCUUAAAAAAUGGCAAUUCUGAGUUUGUUUUUGAGUCGAUUGUUAAAAAUUUAACAGAAUCUGAACUUAAAGCACUUUUGACAUCGGAAAUAAUUCUAAGAAAUGCCUUUUUUGAUGAGACAAUGUGGAACUUAAUCGAGGAAAACUUGACAAAACAGGAACAAAAGAAUUUGCUCCUAAAGUUCUUUAAACUGACUUCAAUACUAAAGCAUGGAAGUUAUAAGCUAGCACUUGAAAAAUUCCAGACAUUCUCCAAUAAUUCAGAAAUUUAUGAAAUAUUCUUCAAAUCAAACAUUUUAAACACAAUUGCUAAUUUUGGAAGCUACAACUUCGAUCCUCUGUGGAACUUUUUUGUCAAUCAUUCAAAUUUUGAGCAGCAAAAGACAAUUUUAAAGCAAUCGGUUCAAAAUGAAUGUUUUUUGAGAACAUUUAAAGAUUUCGAUUUGAGGUAUUGCUAUGUCUUUCCACCGCUGAACAUGUUGCAAUCUUCAAUUUUCUCAUUUGAUGAUCUUUACCCAUUUGAACACAUUUCAUCGCUUUAUGCAACUUACUUCAACAGAACUGAAAUACAAGAAAUAAUUCUGUCAGGAACAUUCGAGUUCUUUCCUCUUUUGGUUGUUCAGGGCGAUCAGAAGCGAUGUGAAUACUUUUUUGGAUAUUUAAGAAGGAUUUUUACUGGAAGUGAAGAUGUUUUGAAGAACUUUUUGCUACAGAAGAUUGAGCCAACUAAUUUGGAUGUUUUUGAGCUGAUGAGUGAUUAUAAUGAUCAUAAAAAUUGUGUUGAGUUGUUUACUCAGUUUCUUGAUGUACCGGAAGUGUUAUAAAGCUGUUGUCUGGAGGUAGUGUAACAAAUUUAUCUAAAUCUAGAAGGAUUUGAUGUUUGGAAUAGUUCGGGACUUUAACAAUAGCUGGAUGAUAUUCCUAGAAUGUUAUUUUCAGCUUGGAAUUACUUAAAUUAAUUCAAAAAUGGACUAAAUUAGAAAUUUUAGGUUAGCAAUAUUGAAAACUUGUUUCCUAAAAGGUAGCUUUGGGAUCUUUCGGACGUUCACUUAUGACGUCCGAUAUUAACGGUCAUUUUUCAAAAAUCAACAAUGGAAUUCCAGGAAUUUCUAUUGUUCUUUUCUUUCUGACCCUCC